AUGUCCACCCCCAACGAUCUCCAGACUCUCCUGGCGAGCAUCAGACCACGUCCAUCUCCUUCGGGAACGCCUGCUCAGGACGCUCCCAUGUCGCAGUACCCUAUGCAGUACCAGCAGGGCUACCGUCCCCAGCAACAGCAGACGCAGCCGCAACCCUACGAUGGGCAGAGCUUGUCUCACCCUCAGUUUUUGCAGCAUGGCUACCGUCACCCCUCGGUCUCAUCUGCCAUUCCUAGCCCAUCCCCGGUCAAUACACCGCCUCAUCAUGGCUCGGAUAUCCUCAGUCCUAAUACCACCACUCCUCGCGGCGAAAUGUACCCGCAGCAGCAGUCUCAAUCUCAGAACCCCGACCGUGCUGUCAACCUGCUGAACUUGCUCAAGUUUAAUCAGGGCACUGCAGCUGCUCCGUCUCAACAACAGCCUAUUGCUGCUGGAAUGGAGCAGCCAAGGUCCCCUCUGGCACAGGAAACUGGCUUCGAGGGCGUGUCUAGGUCUCACACGAGGAACAUCUCGGCCUCUGAUCUGGUUGCUUCCCUGUUCGGUCGACAGGCUCAAGCCCCAACUUCGGCUGCAUCCCCGCCCAUAAUGCCUGCGGCUUCGCAGUUCGCUCAACCUGGUCAUUCCGGGAUCGGCGAGAGCUCCUUGUCGGCGGCCCCCACGGCUGACAACACUCAGGAGAUGCUGCUUCGUCUGCUCAACCGACCAUCCCUGAGCCAGGAUGUGUCCCACGGGCCCGGGAAGGCGGUAUCCCAACCAGCAGCGUCUGUGUCUCCGGUCAAGUCCCCUGUCGCUGAGCCGAUCGCACAGGCGUCAGUUGAAGUGCCCGGAGCGCGUCCCGAGGAAAUUGUGUCUGGGAAGCCGGACAUAAUACCUUCUCAACAGCCCAAGUCAACACUGACGCCCAAGGAAGGCAUCUUCACAUACACUAACCCCUUUGAGCAACUGGCAGCUGCAUCGCCACGCAAAGCCUCUCCUCAGAUCAAGUCUCGGAGUGCUAGCCCCGCUGUCGAGCUCACCCAGCGCCAGAAGAUCAACGUAACUGCAACUGCGGAUGUUGCUCCGGUGUCUCAGCCAGCAGCAUCGUCUGCUGCGGAACGCCCAUCAUCGCCAAUUCUUGAUCCAGAGCAGCGCGAGGCUGUUAACCAGGUAGUUGGCAAACUGGUGGAUCAGAUAGUUGGCCGCGACGUUGCUGAAGUACGUGACAAGACGACCAAGGAAGAGGAGUCGUUUCCUGUACGAACGGGCAAGGAAGAAAGCACUCAAGCGGUUAUCUCCUCCAUCGCUAGUCAUCUUCGUGAUACAGCUGCUGAGGCCAAGCAGGCUGCAGAGAUUGAAGCAGCGGCCGCCCAAGACGCCGCCGCAGAGAGUACUGCAGCUAUUAACGAAACCACUAAUGGUGAAAGUGGCGAUGCCCUUGCAGACAGUUGGGAGAGCGCCGAGGACAGUGCUGCGAAGGAAGAAGAGCGCGUUGUUCCCGUGUACAACUUUCCUCUGAAGCCGUUUAUCUCCAUCUCCAUUAAGGGCAACACCCAGGAACUUCCCAUCAUUCGGGAUGAUGGAAUCAUGGACAUCGCCCGGUUGAAGAAGGAAUUUGAUCAACUGGACCGCUCCUUGACUUCGGCUACAUCGGAAUACAUCGUUUACGCUCUAGCGAAGAAUGGAGGCAUGAGGAUCAUUCGUCAGGAGGAUGGAAGUGACAAGCAAGUCUUCCGUGCAACCCGAGAUCGUGUGUUCAAUGUCACCCUCUGCACCUCAGCCACAACGAGCGGCGUAUCCGAGGAGCAAGCCAUCUUGGGCAUUGGUGUCAGUGGCACGGUGUACUGGGCGUUGAUCUCGCGUGGAGAAAAGGAUCUGUUCGAGCUGGAUGCCUUAGAGAGCGAGAGCCUGAUAUUCCCGCCGUUUCCGGCUUCUGAUGAGAACACUUCUGGUGGCCAGCUGAAAACGCGGGCCAAGAGAAGCUCUCGUCAUCCCGGCUUCUUCGCCAUCGGGCGUGGCAAGAAUAUCUACGUUGUCUGUCCUCAGGCGGCUGCCAAUGCGAACUACGGUGUGUCGGGGUCUCAACGUACCGUCAACACGGAGAAGUUUUUCAAGGAACGGGCCCUCAAGAUCUCGACUGGUAAGGCUGGCAAGGACUUUGUGUUCAGUGACGACGAUACUGUCAUUGCCUCCCUAGACAAGACCGGCAGGCUACGCUUCUGGGAUAUUCGCGAAGUCGUCAACAAUCCCGACUUCUUCACCAACGUGCCUAGUCCAGCUGAGGUGCGCGUCCCGUUGAACACUUUUGUUACCGGAUCUCCCACCGAGAAGUCUUGGCCCACCUCUGUUCUCUUCAUCGAUAAGCUGCGUCCUUAUGUCAAAUCGAUGGCCCUUCGUUACGUUCUGGUCGGACUUAAGCAAAACCACACCUUGCAGCUCUGGGAUAUUGGGCUUGGCAAGGCCGUGCAGGAGCUCAAGUUCCCCCACGAGAACGAAUCGGAUGCCAUCUGCAGUGUCGCCUACCACGCAGCCUCUGGCAUCAUUGUGGUCGGACAUCCUACACGCAAUUCCAUUUACUUUGUUCACCUGUCUGCUCCUAGAUAUAAUCUGCAGCCCAUGUCGCAGGCAUCUUUCAUCAAGCGCUCGGGUGAGAAGGACUCGAGCUUGCCCAAGCCAGAAUCUACAGCAUGCAUGAGUGGCAUUCGGGAGAUUUCGUUUGCCUCCAAGGGCCAGCUGCGCAGCUUGGAUCUUCUCCCUACCACUAAAGCGCCUGGAGAUAACAAAGAAGACAGUGCGCUCUUCGAGCUUUACGUGAUGCACUCGCGUGGAGUGACUUGCUUGACCAUCAAGAAAGAAGACCUGGGAUGGGGCGUUGACAAUAAGAUUAUCCGCCCUGUGAAUGCACUGGAGGAUGGCUUCAUCGAAAUUUCUGAGCUUCAGACCUUCCCCAGCUACGUCGCCGAUGAACCUUCGAUCAAUGGUGAUUCGGCUUCCGCUUCCACCAGAGCUACGCCGAGGGAAGUGGCCAAGAAGACCCCUGAGGCGACCACUGAAUCUGCUGGUGCACCUGCUCCUUCAAGCACUGUGUCCCCUACCAAGCCGGUUCUGAAGAAGAAGUCUGCCGAGGAGCAGGCCGAGCCAACCGCCGCGGCCAAUGGCGUCGAGAAGCCUGAGAAAAAGAAGAAAAAGAAGGCUGGUGCUGCUACCGCCGUUACCGGUGAGAGCCCAGCGAAAGCCAAGGAAGCAACAUUCACUGCCCUUGAGGGGCUGUCUAGUGAGUCCGGCAUUGUGCCUCAACCAAUUGAACAGCCCACCCAACUGGCACCUUCCACAACACAGCCAUCAACCAUGGACGCCCCUCUCCCCGCCGUCACUGCUGCCGCGCCGCUCUCUGGAGCUGGUGCCAGUAAAGCUGGCGAGAUCUGGGCCAAGCACUUGGAGGCACUUCAGACUGGUGUCACUACUGAAUUUAAUAAGAGUCUUGGUCGCGAGCUUGAAGGCCUGUACUCCCGCUUCGACGAAGAGCGACGCAACUGGGACGCUGCAUCUGCAGCCAAACAGGAUCAAGUUUUGCGGUUGGUCUCCAGCACCCUGUCUGACAAUGUGGAGAAGAAUCUGGCUCGUAUCGUGUCUAGCAACAUUCAGUCUGAGGUUGUACCUGCCCUGACUGAGCUUACCUCGGCCGCUGUUGGAAAACAGCUAGAUCAGGUCAUUUCUCAGCACCUGGGUAGUGUUGUGCCUCGUGAGGUGCGUCAGGCUCUGCCUGAUGCAGUUGCUCGUUCAGUCAAGCAACCUGAAGUGAUGAAAGUCAUUUCGGAUACCGUUGGUCAGAAAAUCGCUUCCCACCUUGAGAGUGAGAUGUCGAGGGCUUUGCACAACUCCAUCACCCCCGCCUUCAAGUCCCUUGCUCUGCAGGCUGCAGAACAGAUCGGAUCGGACAUGCAGAAGCAGUUGCAGGUUCAGAUGAAGCAGUACGAAAUUCAGCGCCACAACGACGCCGCGAAGAUCGAUCAGCUCACAACUCUUGUUCGUGGUCUGUCUGACACGGUCGCAUCGAUGGCUGCCGCCCAGACUAACUUCCAAAACGAAAUCCUGAGACUCAACCGCGUGUUGAGUGCUAAACAGCAGGAUGAGGAAAGCCGCAGCUCGCAGCAGGCAUCAUCUACCGGUCGGGCUGCUGCUCCCAGCGAGGCCAGAACCGCCGAGGAUCUUGAACUGGCGGAGAUUGCCCAGCUGAUGAGUGAGGGUCGGUACGAAGAGGGUUCAGUUAAGUGGCUUCAAUCUAGUCAGCAGGCCGAUCUGUUCGACAACCUCUUUGUCCGCCUCAACCCAUCGUACCUCACUAGGCUUUCCCCCAUCGUGGCGCUUUCGGUCGGUGUUGCAGUCACGUCUUCUCUCCACACAAACGUUGACGACCGUCUCACGUGGUUGGAUGUUGUCCUCCAAUCUGUUGACCUGAGGGACCCCGACAUUCACGAAGUUGCACCCAGGAUCAUCGAAAUUCUCACACAGCGGCUGAAUACCUUGUACAUGGAAGUCGCUUCGAACAACCCUCAUUCUCCCGUCAUUCGCAAACUCGGUCCCAUCAAUCGGCGCUUGCAGGAGCUUUGUAGAUAA